AUGGGAAGCUUCCUGUCAGUGUCAGUCCACCACCAGAGUAAGGACAAGCGCCAACGCCGUUCCAACCGCUUGUCAAAGCCACCCCCAAAACAGGCAACAGUGGAAUCUCCCGUCUCCACCUACUCUGCCUCGCAACAGCAUCAACUCUCAGCUGAAAGUUCGUCAAUGUGCUUGCAACCCGCAGCUGCUUGGCAAAAUCCAUGGACAGGCGCAUCGAUUCCCGUCAACACGUAUAAUCCGGGAUCAAGCGGGCGAAGAUCACACUCUCUGCCUUCCGCGACUUCUCACCCUGGGACACCGUGGGCCCCGGUAUAUGCAACCCGAAAAUGCCAGUCCAUAGUCAAUGAGCCACGAGGCUCGGUCCUGCGUUCGCCCGCUGUCUCCACUCGUGGGUCCUCUACCAUGAGUCAACGAGCUUCUCUCCAGGCCCCCAGACAAGGCACCUUUCGGUCUGCAACGUUUCGAGGUCCUCCGCAAUCUCCCCUAGACCAGCACCUCAGACGGUCCUAUUCCGCCCAUUCCCCAUCCCAUAGGACGCACAGUGCGAUCAGCCGCAGUACGAUCGAGGAGGCAAAGUCCUCUAACACGCAUUUCAUGGUCGACAACCAAGGGUUCUCUUUGAUUCGCCGGAGGUCCCUCUUGACGCGACCUGGGGUUGCGACAAGACGAUCGACGAAAGAGUUGACUCGGAGACACACCCCGAGAGUGGGUCCGGAAAGAGAACAACCGAACAAUCACACGGGUGUACCACAUACGGCGCGCCAAGGAUGUAUACCUGAUACUGAAGAUUAUACUGAAGAGCACACGCCCAGACAACCUACCAUGCCAUUGGAUCGAUUGCGUCCUCCGACGCCGAAUGAAAUAGAAUACACCCACCUGGGAGCACUAAAAUUAGGAUCGUUGCGCGUUGUGAACGGCUCCGCAUCUCCAUGCCCCAGUGAUAGGGCUAGGCACAAAUGCCCAGGAAGUACGGAUCCGGGCAUGCUUUCAGAUUGUAUAUCUGAGGCGGAGUCAGUUCACUUCGAGCGGCAAGACAGGCGACGCGUGACGCCUGAAGCUACUUUUAACGAUAAGCAAUCUCUCCCGUCAACUCAAAGAGCUCUUACUAGGGACGAGAUAGCAGCCACCCAGGCGUACCCAUCAAGUCUCUCCGGAUGCAGACCCACCACAUUCCCCUUACAGAUUCCGAGUAGUGCCUAUUAUCCACAGAACGAAGAUCUCCCGGCAAGCCCGUUCUCUUUUGAGAAAUCACCCACUAUUUCGCAACCUUUGGAAUUGGGUAUCUCUGCACCGGAUGCUGAAGUCCCUGUUUCUCACAAUGAUAGAGCCCGUGCUUUCCCACCACAGGGUUGCUUGAAGGGGACUAGGUAUGGGAGGCCUCGGUCUCCCCACCAGAUAACUGAUGGCGGGCAUAAUCUCAUUACUUCUGUUCGUUGCUCUCACAAUGAUCAAGCUGGGAAAUGGUCCCCUUCGCGAGUGCUUGCGACGUCUGAUUUUAGACGGUUAAGUCCAAGACGUGGUGAUGUGGUGGGUAACGUCCAACCCUUGACCCGCCUAGAACUCUCGGAUUCGGGAAAGAAGCUUCGUAUGCAUCGACAAUUGAGUCUUCGAGUUUCUAGCAGUCGCCACGGACUCGAGGCUCCUAAUCGGCCAGCUUUGAUGUCUUCUAUGUGUCACGAGACACAACAGCAACGUCAUCUUGGGCGCUUCAGAAGCACAUCACUUUCAAUCUUACGAGAUUCUCAUACUUUGGUCUCAAAUCCACAAUACUGUGGCCAGCUGCGAAGCCGUGAAGGCGUCUCUGCCAAUUUGGAUUGUGUGCCUGCCUCAACACAGCGAAGCAAUACGGCUACAUUACGAUCAUUGGUUGGUAUAUCCAAUCGGGGUGUGUACAGGGCCCCUUAUUUCGAGUCCGGCGCAAGCAGUGUCAAUGUCCAUGACCCUUUUCUGAACAACCACAAGGAGCCUGUGUCUCAUCCAGGAACUGAUUCUUACUUCGCCCUGCGCCUGCCUGGCGGGCUCGCGGUCAGCAACCUGCAUUGUCCAAGUGUCAGGUCAUGCCCAUCAUUGUCCGAAGAUGGCUCUACAUCAACUUCUCAGGUCGGCACAACAAGCGAUUGUGGAACUCAAAGCGGCGCCAGCAGCAGUAGCAGAAGCAGCGUGCACAGCGAUUCCUGGUUACCCAUUUCGGCCACUGGUACACGUCGCCUGUCAGUCGCAGAAGAAGAGUUGAAACCGUAUGCAGAGAGAUCAACGCCUAUAAUCCUAGGGUCUUCGCGGUCCCGGAUUUGAAGCCGAACCAUCGAGCAUAAGGGGAGCCAAUAAACCAGGCGUGCAUAACGCCUACACUUCCAGGAUGUCGCCUCCGUUUAUACUUCUGCUUGACUGCAUCAUUCUACCCCGGUAAACAUAUUCCCUCUCUUGUUUGAACAUGUCUAUUAUCUCUAUGCCCCGCUCAUAAUUCUCCAUUCACCCAGUCCGUUGUCCUACACAAAUUUACAUUUGGCUUUGUCUUGCGCCUCCUAUUCUCGAUUCUUGUUAUGAUACCAUUUCCUUUCGUUCGGGUGGGCUUCUGAUUCGGUCACCGCUUGUUACAUAUACCACAUGGCGUUAUACUUACUCUCUAAAUUUUAGAGACUAGCGACUGAACCAGUUUACUUAUCUUUUGCCGGCCAGUCUUCGCUCUCACGUCGUUCAUUGAUUAUUUAGCUUCCCCUGCGCAUUCCCUUCACAUG